ACUUGAAAGAGAUCUCAGUGCGAGAGGCAGCAGAACUGGCAAGAGCAGCUACAGGGCAGGGAUCUCAAAGAAGACAUGGCAGGAAAUCAGUGGCGCACCGUCCUGGUGACAGGGGCUAACCGUGGCAUUGGCUUGGAGCUUGUGAAACAAUUCAUUGGGAAGCCAAAUCCCCCCCAAAUGGUGUUUGCAACAUGCCGUGACCCAGAAGGGGCAAGAGCACAGGAAUUGAAAACUUUGGCUUCCAAACACCCCAACUUGGCAAUUCUGCAGCUCGAAACCACAGACUCAGCCAGCGUUGAGGCAGCUGCCAAGAAGGCUGAGGCCCACCUGGGAAGCUGCGGUCUGAACCUGCUCAUCAACAAUGCUGGCAUCAUGCCAGCUUGUUCUCUGGAGUCAGCAACUGCUGAAGAUAUGCUGGACGUCUACAAUACUAACCUUGUCGGGCCCAUGUUAAUUACCAAGGCCUUCUUGCCUCUACUAAAGAAGGCUGCACGUGCAUCCCAGCAGAAAGGCAUGAGCUGUGGGAAAGCUGCGGUGGUCAAUAUGUCCACUGUCCUGGGAUCUAUCGAGAAGACCCCUGAAAACUAUUGCUUCAUGCCUGUGGUCUCCUAUCGCUGCAGUAAGGCUGCUCUGAAUAUGCUCACAAAGUGCCAGUCAAUGGGUUACAAAGAGGAGGGGAUCCUCUGCACUGCGCUGCAUCCUGGCUGGGUGAAAACUGAGUUGGGGAGUGAUCAGGCUGACCUUACUGUGGAUGAGAGCGUGAAUGGCAUUAUGAAUGUACUUUGCAACCUCUCUGAAAAGCACCACGGGAGCCUCGUGACUUGGGAAGGGAACGUUCUGCCAUGGUGAGAAGAGCCCAGAAUGCAGCAGGAAGGACCGAAGACGCCUCUCUUAACACAGGACCUUCGCACUUGUGUAUGUUGCCACAAUGAGGUUUUAUAAAAUAAAAUCCUAAUGGACCACU